CCAUGACAUCCCCACCCCCCACCAUGAUCCCCUGCCCAGUCAGCCUACCACCACUAGCAUCCAUUUAUUGCUCAACUCGCCUAAUCCUCCUCGUCCUAAUCCCUCCGCCCCUGCUUUAAAACGCCCGCAGCUUCUGCAAUCCGUGUGCUGAUCUGAUCCCAAGCGCGCGGCUACCAAUAUGCAGUCUUCUUGCCUUAUUUAACUCUGUCCUACUACUAUAUAUCAACAGCAGAGCAGAGGUUUGCUCGUCUUGGUCCUCGUGAGCGGAAUUGGUCUGUAAUAAGGAAGGGGGAUCUUGAUGGGGAUCUGCGCGUCUUCGGAGCGCCUGGAGCAGCAGGGGCAGGAGGCCGACGAGAACAUCGUGUACGUGAUGGACGAGCAAGGCGGGGGCGGCGGCGGCGCGUCGUCGCCGAGGAAGGUGGCCUCCCUCUUCUCCCAGAAGGGCAAGAAAGGGCCCAACCAGGACGCCGUCAUCCUCUGCCAGGGGUUCGGCAUGGAGGAGGGUGUGUUCUGCGGGGUGUUCGACGGGCACGGCAGGUGCGGGCACCUGAUCAGCAAGCUGGUGCGGGACUACCUGCCCUUCAUGGUGCUGAGCCACCGGAACGCGCUGCUCCUUGCCGACGCCGACGACGACCCGGUGUUCAGCGACGCGUCGCCGUCGUCAUCCUCCACGGGCUGCAGCGGCGGCUCGUCGCCGCAGCACCCGUCGCAGCUGCUGGAGGAGUGGCGGGAGGCGUGCACCAACGCGUUCAACGCCAUGGACAACGAGCUGAAGCUGCAGGCCGGCAUGGACUGCUCCUUCAGCGGCACCACUGCCGUCUGCGCCAUCAAGCAAGGGAAGGACCUCAUCAUCGCCAACCUCGGCGACUCCCGCGCCGUGCUCGCCACCAUGUCGGGCACUGGCUUCCUCAAGGCCGUCCAGCUCACCACCGACCAGAAGCCCUGCGUCCCCCAGGAGGCGGAGAGGAUAAAGAGGAGCGAGGGGCGGGUGUUCGCGCUGAAGGAGGAGCCGGGGGUGAUGAGGGUGUGGCUGCCGGGGGAGGACUGCCCGGGUUUGGCGAUGGCGAGGGCGCUGGGGGACGCGAGGCUGAAGCGGCACGGGGUGAUCUCGACGCCGCAGGUGACGGGGCACAGGGUCACGGCGGCGGACCUGUUCAUCAUCCUGGCCACGGACGGGGUGUGGGACGUGCUCAGCAACGAGGAGGUGGUGUCCAUCGUCUGCGCCACGCCCAGGAAGCAGCACGCCUCCAAGGCCGUCGUCGAGGCCGCCGUGCAGAGGUGGAAGACCAAGUACCCGUCGUCGCGCGUCGACGACUGCUCCGCCGUCUGCCUCUUCCUCCAGGACCCCAGGUGGGGCGCCGCCGCCGCGUGCAGGAAGGCCGGCGGUGGUCUAGUUUAGCCUAGCUUAAUGGUCGGUGAUGAGGGGAGUCCCAAGGAACUCUGAUGACUCCGGCAAAGCUAUGGCCGGCCGUUUGAUCCGUCUUGUACUGCAAGCUACUAUAUGUUUUUUUGCCGGUUUUGUCGCAAAUGUGUUGCGAAUGUGCUGCAAAUAUUGUCAUAGGUUUGUAAAUCUGUAACAUAGUUUUGUGCUGAUGAAAAAUGUUCCGCAGAGUC